GGAGCCGCCGCUACCCCACGCUGGCGGACCGAGGAAGCCUCAGGAAGUGCUUGGGGAAAGGUUGGAACCAGCCCCUUUAUUGCCAUAGCAACGCGUGCCUGGCUUGUCAGCAGCCCGCCACGUGACGUCUCGGCCAGGCUCCCCCCCCCGCGCCCACGCACGGUGGGGGUCACAUGACUCGUGCGUAGCCAUCAUGGCGGCGGCUGCGCCGCUGUCCGGAUCCUGAGCGUUCCACGGGCGCAGCAGCAGCGGCGCGGCGGUGGCCGCAGAGCAGGCGGACGGCAGGAGCCGUGCGCCCCUCGGGGUAGGUGGGGCUGCCCGGACCCGGGCCCCCCUCCCGGCUCGGACCCCGCUGCGGCGCCCUCGGCGAGGGGUCCGGGCCUUUUUCUGGGCGAAGAUCACGGGACCAGCCGCUUGGGGCCUUGGGAGCCGGACCAGCUUCCGAGGCGCUCCCCGGGCCCUCCCUCGGUGGUCGCCUUCGGGGCGGUGAGCGCGGCUCCCUCUUGUAGGUUACCUCAGCCGCGCCCGGCGGCGGCCCGACGAGUGGCCCCGGGGGAGCGGGCCGAGGGCAGCCAUGUCGGCGCUGCUGGGCCAGCCGGACACGGCCCCCUUUCUCAGCCAAGCAGACGACACAGGAGAAGGAGUGGGGGGCCCGGCCCCGGCGCCUGGCCAGACUGCGCGUUUGGCGGGGCCAGAGCCCCGGGACGCGGAAGGGCUCCAGCUGAUAACCGGCAUCGCCCCCAGACACGCAACUUUGAUCGUGGGCGUGCUUUGCUAUGUCAACCUGCUUAACUACAUGGACCGUUUCACCGUGGCAGGUGUUCUUCCAGACAUCGAGCAGUUCUUUGGUAUUGGCGAUAGCAGCUCUGGUCUCAUUCAGACUGUGUUUAUUUCCAGUUACAUGGUCCUGGCCCCUGUGUUUGGCUACCUGGGUGACAGAUAUAACAGGAAGUACCUCAUGUGUGGUGGGAUUGCCUUCUGGUCACUGGUGACUCUGGGUUCUUCGUUCAUCCCUAGAGAGAGAUUUUGGCUACUUCUCUUUACUCGGGGCCUUGUAGGGGUUGGGGAGGCCAGUUAUUCUACCAUUGCCCCCACCCUCAUUGCUGACCUCUUUGUAGCUGAUAAGAGGAGUCGAAUGCUCAGUAUCUUCUACUUUGCCAUCCCUGUGGGCAGUGGUCUGGGUUAUAUCGCAGGCUCAAAGGUGAAGGAUGUGGCUGGAGAUUGGCAUUGGGCACUCAGGGUGACCCCAGGCCUCGGGAUGAUAGCGGUAUUGCUGUUAUUCCUGGUAGUGAGGGAACCGCCUCGUGGAGCUGUGGAACGCCAUUCAGACACCCCUCCCUUGAGUCCCACCUCUUGGUGGGCUGAUCUGCGGGCUCUGGUGCGGAAUCCCAGUUUUGUGCUCUCUUCCCUGGGAUUCACGGCUGUGGCCUUUGUCACGGGGUCCCUGGCUCUAUGGGCACCGGCAUUCCUGCUCCGAGCUCGAGUUGUCUUAGGAGAGACUCCACCCUGCCUCCCUGGAGAUUCCUGCUCCUCUUCAGACAGUCUCAUCUUUGGGCUGAUCACCUGUGUGACUGGGAUUCUGGGAGUGGCUUCAGGGGUAGAGAUCAGCCGUUAUCUUCGCCGCACCAACCCCAGGGCUGAUCCCUUGGUCUGUGCAGCCGGAUUGCUGGGUUCUGCCCCAUUUCUGUUCCUGGCCCUGGCUUGUGCUCAAGACAGCAUUAUACUUACUUAUGUUUUCAUCUUCAUUGGAGAGAUUCUGCUGUCCAUGAACUGGGCCAUCGUAGCAGACAUUCUGCUGUAUGUAGUCAUUCCCACACGCCGAUCAACAGCGGAAGCCUUCCAGAUUGUUCUGUCCCAUCUGUUGGGGGAUGCUGGGAGCCCCUACCUCAUUGGGCUGAUUUCUGACCGUCUGCGCCGUGACUGGCCCCCUUCCUUCCUCUCCCAGUUCCGGGCCCUGCAGUUCUCCCUCAUGCUUUGUGCCUUUGUUGGGGCACUUGGGGGUGCUGCUUUCUUGGGCACUGCCAUGUAUAUUGAAGGUGAUCGAAAGAGAGCUCAGCUCCAUGUGCAAGGACUCGUGAGGGACGUGUCCCCUCCAGAUGAUCGGAUCGUGGUCCCUCAGCGUGGCCGUUCUACCAAGGUCCCGGUGUCCAGUGUGCUCAUCUGAUUGAGUGGACUAUGGCCUGAGGCCACUUUGUGUUCUGGUCCCCUUAGGGGGAUAGGUGGGCGUUGGGCAGGGCAGGACUCUGAGGGACCCCAGCAGCCUGGACUGUGGCCCACAGCGCUGGGACCACAGGAGUGGGACGGUGGCUGAGGUUUGUCCCUUUCUCCCUCCGGGUACACACGCACACAGACGCACUACAUGCACAUCGAUAUUGGUCAGGGAAUGAUUCUGGAUCAGGGCGGGGGCAGGUGGUUGGAAGACCACGGGACAGGCGCCCUCAGCUUUGUGCAGGGAGGGAAGAUCUUUUUCCUCUGCCUCUGUCGGACUGUAGAGGUGGGUUCCAAGCCGCCCUCCUGGGGUCAGGGGCGAGGUGCCCCCACCGUCCAGGAGGGAGGGUUUGGUGCUAUUUUUAUCUGAAUAAACUUUGUAACCAGA